AUGAACGAUCCCAAUCAAUUUGAACUUGCUGAACCUCCUUUAGACGGAAUCACAAACAUUUGCUUCAACCAAGAGGAUCCGAAAUACCUGUUGGCGUCUUCAUGGGAUAAAACAUUAAGGCUCUAUGAUACAGCAGUCAAUCACUUGGUUUGUAAAUUUGAAAAUGAAGCAGCUCUCCUGGAUUGCUGCUUUAUGAAUGAUUCAGUUGCUUUCAGUGGCGGUGUUGAUCAUAGAGUGAAAAAGUACGACCUCAACACCAAGACAGACAUAGUUCUUGGAGAACAUGGAGGAGGGGUACGUUGCGUUGAAUGGAGUUCGUUAACAAAUUGUUUAUACACUGGAUCAUGGGAUACAACCCUUCAACUAUGGGAUCCACGCAGCCAAGCAAGCCAGCAGAAAGUAGUUUUACCAAAUAAGGUGUUCAGUAUGGAUUUAUUAAACAAUACAUUAGCCGUAGCGAUGGCAGAUAGACACAUUCACAUUUACGAUACUAGAAACAUGAAGGAGCCCUGGCAAGUCCGAGACACAACUCUUAAAUAUAUGCUCAAGUGCAUUCGACUGAUGCCUCGCGCUGAAGGUUUUGCGUGCUCGUCUAUCGAAGGCCGUGUCGCUUUGGAAUUCUUUGAACCUGUACGGGAAGAUAAGCGAUACGCAUUCAAAUUGCAUCGUCAGACUAUUAACGAUACCGAAGUGGUAUAUCCUGUGAAUGCACUUGCCUUUCAUCCCAUAUAUGGUACCUUUGCUUCGGGUGGAUCAGACUGUAUUGUCAAUGUAUGGGAUGGUGUAAACAGAAAACGUGUUAAGCAACUUCCUGGUUAUCCAGAUGAAAUUGCCAGUUUGGCCUUCAACCGUGAUGGCUCUGUAUUAGCCAUAGCGAGCAGUUAUACAUUUGAUGAAGGUGAGCGUGAUCAUGCCCCCGAUACCAUUUUUAUUAGACAAAUGCAAGACGUUGAGGUUAGACCUCGUGUGAUCAAUCAAUAA